CUGGGUCUCCUUAACGGUAGCCUCGGGGGUACCAUCGACGCUCACGAGCGCUCCUCCUCGGGGCAUUCUCAAAGAAACGAAAAUCAAAGCGACGAUGUGCUUUCGGAUGUUCCGAAGAUUCUUCUCCGAUGGAGCGACAUGCCCCGCCACUUGCAAUUUAAUCCUCACAUACGCUCUGGUUAUCGACCUCUUAUGACGAUUCGCGGCUGCCUUGGCAGCCUAUUUUAUCUGCACAACGAAACGAUUAACAUCCUGACGCACGGAGCAAUGCCAAUGAUCGCGGCCUUCGUUCACUGUUUACCUGACGCCCUGUGGUUCGGCUGCUUGCUGAGCUACUGCUUCCUCAGCUUUUGGGGCCUUUACAAAGCGAUGCGCGCACGUUCUCCCUGGGAGAGGCGUUUGUGUUUUUCUCCACCUUUCACGAUGCGAUUACUCGUUCUGACUUUGCGCUGCCUUGACAUCGGAGGUGGUUCUCCGAAUGCUUUCCCUCAUAUACUGCUUCAGGACCUCGUGGCGGUGAUAGGUGGGACGAUAGGCGCCCUUCGAAUACCUGAAAAGUGGAUACCGGGACGUGUUGACAUGGCUCUCAACUCUCAUAAUAUAAUGCACGUGAUGGUAGUCCUGGCAGUGUGCUCGAUGCAUGCAGCGACGCUUCAGGAUCUAGAGUGGAUGACUAGUAAAACGGCAUGCGUCUUGACAACUUCUCGUUUCUCUCCGAUCCAUCAGGAACUAUGAUCGCAGAGUACGUGCUAGUAUCGCGUAACAAAUGUACAUUCCUUGGCCUUCCUUAAACAUCUUUUGAGCCUUACUUUAGGAUACAGCUACAUAGCUACAUAGCAGUGCUGCGAUAGAUAAAGCUGGAAUUAUAAAUUCUAGGAGAUUUUUAGGAGUCCACUCAUCGUAAGCUCACCUAAGAACAUCAAAAAUAUGUAUAUUAUAUGAACAGAAUAACUGAUCAUAACUAACGAUGUACAAGAGGUGAGUGUCUUCAAUAAUCCGUUUUCCUAAAAUGUUAUUAUUACACUCCUUGAUAAUAAAAUCAACAAUGCUAUUUAGUCAAAUAAAAUUCUUUGAGAAUA